GUUUCUGCCUUCACUUUGUUCGCUAUCGUCUUAGUAGCUGGGGAUUCACGUUUUCUCAAAACCGUCACACACACACAAUAAAAAUAAAACGCAAAGGAGAGCAAACAUAACCAUUUCAUUCAAGAGGAGCAAUCUUUUUCACUGAAGUGUCUUUGAGAUCCAGACUUGUAUCGACGGAUUGUCCUUCUGGGGACUUUUUGAUUCGCUUUGUUCCUCUUUUCCCACUGAUUUGAAUUUCCAUCAUUUUAAAACCAUGUCCCAGAAACUGACCAAUGAUGGUGCUCAAAAAGGCUUUGCUGUUGGCCGUGGCCUUCUGGCAGCUGCAGAGACUUUGAACUUUAGUAUGGGUGAGGCACACUCGGAUCCCUACAGCUCUGUUUCUCAGUCCCAUAGUGGCAUGGCUGGUUUAAUUGGAGGGGAGGGAAAAGACCAUGACUCUCAGCUGCCCCACCGAGCAGGCAACCACAUUAGCAAUACCAUGAAACUCUUCUCCAGCCUAGGUCUGUCACCAACUGACCUGGAUGCUCUCGCACAGAUUCCAGAGGAGAACAUCAGCGUGGAGACCUUGCCCCAUCUUAUCAUGCAACUUAAGAACCGCAAGAUGGAAGUUGGCCGCCGCAUACCUGGCGAUCCAUCAAGACUUUCUUCAGAGACUUCCUACAGAGGUGGGCGAGAGGAUUGGGGUGACAUGCAAGGCGGAAGACUGGACCGUUCCAACGGCCAGAGUCAAAGCCGCUCACAAGGCGACUUCGGUUAUAGUUCCAUUCGCGAUACAUCUGGUCAAGGGUAUGACAUGUUAGAUUACAGCAGCAGUGGCGGCAGAGAUGGCCAAUAUUCUGAGCUUUCCCACGACUCCUACAUUGGCAUGUCCACAUCAUCGGCAUCUGAUGACAUGUUCAUGCAGAGAAGAAUGGGUACCCCGUCCCAGGGAAAAGUGCAAGAUUUCUUGGGAGUCAUGCCUCCUAUGUUUCCCCAUGUGUGUGCCCUUUGUGAUUUUGAUGUUCACUCUGUCAUGGAAUGGACUCGGCACACAACUGGGAUUCGUCAUUCCGAAAACCGCAGACUCCUUCUGCAAAUGUACCCGGACUGGGAUCCUCACUUGCCCUCUACUCGCAUGUCGACUUCCCUUUCAUUGGACACAAAGAGUCGUCAAGAUGGAUUGCUGGGAGCAGCUCCAAUGGGUGCUGGUCUACAAAGAUCAGGGAUGAGCUCCAACUGGGGGGCUGAUUCCAGUAUGGGAAUGAAAAAUAAAAUGUCAUCAUAUUCAGCGGCUCCUAAGAUAAGAAGUAGAGUGGUUGUGGCAAAAUAUGACAGGAAACCACUGUCACCAAAUAGUCUAUUUGCUUUGGCGAAACCCUUUGGUACCAUCCGUGUGCAUCUAGUGCUGAAUAACAAGGCUUUCCUGGAGCUGCAGACACAUGAGGAAGCUUUGGCUAUGGCUAAUUACUACCAGCGCAAACCUGCCAUUUUACAAGGGAAAGAGAUACAAAUUUAUUUGUCUAAGGAACUGAUGGUAAUAAAGAAAUCUGGAAGACCAGACAGAGACACUAAACCUGUGAAGGAAGGAGAGAGCCAGGUGGUGUUUUUCUCCAAUUUGCCACAAGGGAGUGACAAGAAAAUGGAGCUCCUUACAGUAGCUCGUAGAUUUGGCACUGUUGAGAAACAUCUUUUCCUAAAUGCUCAGGCUUUUGUUCAAUUCCGCAAUCAUGAAGAUGCAGAGAUGUUGGUCAAGUACUACACUCUCCAUCAUUUGACUAUCAGUGGAAGAUCCAUCCGACUGAACAUCUGCACAAAGUACAAGACACUAACGGUCCCACCAGGCAAAGAUGGCCAAGGAAAGGAAGAACAUACCCGCAAGAGCAGCAGUAGCAGCGGCACCAGUAGAACUGGUGACAAACCUUCAUCAAGGAGCCAGAGAUCCUCUAGCUCCAAAGCAAAGGAGAGCUCAGAUGAGAAAAAAGUGGAAUCAAAGCCUGAAGAUGAAGAUGCAGUCCAGGGAGAUAGAUCAAAUGAUGAAGAAGCUGAUGUUAUGGAAGCACGUGAUGGAGACGAAGAGGAUUUUGAUGAAGGGCCCUCUGCAGAUGAUGUCAAUUCAUCUCAUGAUCCAGAGCAAGCCAGUACCCAGCCAGAAGAUAUUGACACCACCGUAGAGGAUGAGGACCCUGAAGCACAGCAAACCAAAGAUGGUACAGAUGAUGCAGAGACUGCGGAGAAACAAGACGACGUUAAUGAAAAACAGGUUGAGACUAUGCUGGAGAAACCUGUGGGAUCUGAGGGUGAGCAGGAGGAGAUUACCGCUGAGCUUCCUAAAGAGCUAGAGGAACAAAAUGAUGAACAACCUGAAGAUGAUGUUGCUGAAGAGGACAAAACAGAGCAGGAGGAUCAAGGUGAAACUGACUUCCCUGAAAACAUAGAUGAGUUUGUUACUCUUGAUGAGAUAGCAGAAGAAGAGGAUGCUGAGAAACAAUACUCCAAGUCCAAAGCUAAAAAAUCAGGAAGCGCCAAGGAAAGCGGAGGGUUGAGAGUUGUCAAUGUUGUUGGGUUUAAACGUGGCUACAGUUAUCUUGAUGAACUCCUUGCUCUUGCGAAGCCAUUUGGGAGAGUGGUCCGGCACCUGAUCUUGGAUGUGAGGCCUGAGGCCUUUCUUGAGCUCUCCAGCGAACAAGAGGCAAGAGCAAUGUCUAGUUUCUACAGUGGAAAUGUCAUCGCAUCUGUGUGUGGAAAACCAGUGAAAGUUUACCAUUCACACACCUAUCCAACCAUCCAGACUGGCAAAGUUAUCUACGUUGGCAAUGUUCCACCUUUUAAAACAUCAGAUGCAUCCAUUCUGAAAAUCGCUGAACCAUUUGGAAAAGUCAGAAGAUAUUUUGUUAAUCGAUUACGCAAUGAGUGCUUCAUUGAGAUGGAAAAAGGGGAAGAUGCUGAGAAAAUGGUAGAGGCCUACAAGGAAAAUGCACCUAAAUUUGAAGGCAAACGAUUACUUGUCUACAAAAGCAGGAAAUAUAAGCAACUUAAACAUGGACACAGACCUCCAUCCCCAGAAACGGACGAUAAAAAGCCAUCCAAGAGGGAGCGCUCUGGAGAUGCUGAGGCCCAGAGCAGCAACUCUGGCAAAAAUAAUGGCAAGAAAGAGGAAGAACCCUCUGCCAAGAAGAUCAAAGUGGAAAUUCCUGCCACAGAUAAACCUGAGGUAGAGAACCAGGAAGAAAGUGAAAGGCAAAGUGUUUCAGAAGAAGCUGCUCCUGAGGUGGAGAAAGAGCCAGAGGAGGAACCAAGCAAAGACACAGCAGAGGUCCAAAACAUGGAGACUGAAACUGAGGCUAAAGAUGAAGAGGCUGUUGCCACUCCACCUGUUGUUGAAUUGGAGAAGAGUAUGGAGACUGAGGAAAAAGCCACUACACCCACACAAACACCACCACUGUCUGAAACUAAGCUUGAAAUGAAGCCUGAAACUGAAAUUAAGCCUGAAACCAAGCCUGAAACAAGCCUUGCUACUCUUGGGGCACAUGACCCUAAUGUCCCAGUAGGUGUGGAGUUCGUAAAGAUGGGAUACUACUGCAGAGUCUGUUUCCUGUUUUACUCCAAUGAGGAUACUGCUAAGAAAGUUCACUGCUGUAGCCAAGCACACUAUGAUAAACUUAAGAAACAUCUGGAGAAGGAGAAGGCCAAAGUGCAGAGUAAUGUGACAAAGAAGUGAACCAUUAACGCUGGAACAUCUCUCGAUAUGUCUGUUAUGCUAUUGACUUUCAUCUACUUUUAGUAUGACCUGAGGGAUCGCUUAUGUGGUAAUUAGAAAGUUUUUAUGUAGUAAAACUGACACAUCAGUAAUACUUAACUGUUUAGUUAUCUUAAUGUAGAUGUGCAGUUAUUUUAUGCCUUUAUUGCUACUACGGUGUCCUUCUGUUUUCCCUUUUUUUUUUUAUUAAACUAAGAAUUC